CCGCCGCCGCCGCCGCCGUCGCCGUCGCAAAUGCCAGGCUUCCCGCCGGGCUUGGCUCGAUGCGAUGCGAUUCGGAGGCCGUCCGUGGCCGGCCGAAUGGCCGGUCAUUUUCCGCGCUCGUCCCGGGGAUCAAGGGCCGCAGGAGCUGGCGAUCCUCAGCCAGCCACCCGGCCUCCGGACGAAUGGCCUGCGCGCGGACCGGCGCCCAGGGCGUGCUCAGGGCCGGGCGGCUUUUGGCGUCCGGCGUCCAGGGACACUGGGGGGUCGAUGGGCCCGAGCCGGCCAUGCCCGAGGUGACAGGACUGGCAUCUGAAAGAUCGGCCCCCGCGGCCGGCGGGGCCCCGGUGGCAAGUUGCGGGGUCAAUGGCCGAGUGGGAACCGGUGGCAGGGGCACCGGCCGCGGCCGGCCGGUCGGCGGAUGGUGCCCUUGCCGGGAGGGCGUGGCCGGCUGGCCGGGCCGGGUGCCGGAGGGAUGGCCGGGCCGGGUGCCCGGCGCCACCCCCGGGCCCCGGGGAUUUGUCCCCAUCACCGGCGAGGGGGUCUGAUAGAUGCAGCGCUCGGGAGCCGGAAGUGUCGGUGACACGGGCACAGAGGACCCGAGGCCCGGCGCGGCCAAGUCCGAGUCGGGCGGCGAAAUCUGGAAGCCGGGAUCAAGGUCCGCUGGACCGGCGGUGUGGCGGGAGCCGGAGUCGGGAUCGGGACUGGAAUCGGACUCGAUGUCGGACCCGGAUCCGGACCCAUCGCCGCCGGUGCUGAGGCCGACUCGCGGGCGUUUCCGGCGGUCAUCCUCCAUCACCGGCGACUGCGAGGGGGCCUUGGCAAGGAGAAUGGCCUCCGGGCCUGGGCGAUGGGCGCUCGGGGCCGGGGAGCCAAGGAGCAAUUGCAUGGGCGACAGGUGUUCCUGCUGCAGGUACUGGCUGACGGCGGUCUGUUGCAGAUCGAUGUCAAGCAGAUCGAGCAUCUCGGUGUCUGUGCCACUCGGGCCUGGGGGAGGCUUGGGCCCGGCGGGAUGGUCCCCCCUGGCCGCCUUACUGGCGACAGGCGACGCUGGGUCGCCUAGCGGUGGCUGUUCGGAUGCGGCACUCUGUUGAGGCAUGACCAGACAUUGAUCCACAGGCGGGGGCGGGGAACAGCGCGGCACGGGGUCGACAGGGGAGGAGGAGGGACCAAGGGGGCGGGAGGAGG